UCCAACCCUAUUCAUUCAACCAACUCAUCUCUUCUUUCUCUCGAAAACAAUUCACUUCAGCACAAUGUCCGCAGAAAUCAAGCACGCAAACCACUCCGACUCAGUCGCAGCCGAACGCGUGGGAGCCGAGGUCGUGCACGGAGCCGAAGCCUGUUACAAACAAUCCAUAGAGCUCCUGGAGGAGCUAGGGUUUCCCAAAGGCGUGCUGCCUCUCAGAGACCUCGUCGAAUGCGGCAGAGUGAGCGAAACAGGAUUCGUGUGGAUGAAACAGAAGGCGCCGUACGAGCAUUUCUUCGCCGCGACCAACACUCGUGUCAGCUACUCAACCGAAGUGACUGCGUACGUGGAAAAGUCGAAGAUGAAGAGGAUGACUGGAGUGAAGAGCAAGCAGCUGCUUCUGUGGGUUCCCAUAGUCGAGAUGAGUCUUAUUGGCGAUGUCGAUGAUAAGAAUUCGAAGAUUUACUUUAAGACGCCGAUGGGGAUUGGAAAGUCUUUUGCGGCCACGGCCUUUAUGGAUGAAGAGGAAAAGCACAAGUAUCUGCUGGAUUCAGGCAAAAACUAGAUAUGAUGAAUUAACUUAUAAUGAAAUGCUGCUAUAUACUUUCUUAUAAGCUGAAGAUAAUUUUUACAAUAUACAUGUUCGAGUGUGGUUUUUAUAUGUUACUACUAGUUUCAACAAGGCUAAUAAACUACUCUUGCUCAA